UCUAAGGGAGAAAGAGUGAUAGAUUGAGGGAAAGAGAGAUAGAUCAGGAAAGAGAGAGAUCGAAGUGGAUGGAGGACGGCGGUAGCCAGAUCGAGUGGGUUUGGGGUGGCGGCCAGAUCGGCAACGUUAAGCAAGAGGGAGAACGAGAUCGAUGUGUCGAGAACGAGCUCAAUCUGGUUUCUCUCUCUCUCUCUCUCUCUCCCCACUUUUUCAGUCUGUAAAAUGUGGUUUGAAGGUAAAACAACUAAUGAAAUGGUUUUACGGGGUGAGAAGGGGUAUUUUAAGGUCAAAGUGUAAAACAUUUUCAGUUUGACCAUAUUUUCAGUUGGUGCCAAACACACACAAGGGUGUAAAAUACUUUCCUAAACCAGUUUUCAUGUGAAACAAACACAGCCUUAGUGUAGAAGGCUGGGAAAAUCUGUGUCAACCGAAGAAGAAGGAAGGCUUGGGUUUUAGAAAAACAAAGAAUUUCAACUCUACCCUCAUUGCCAAAUUGGUAUAGAUGGUUGCAUCUAAAAGUGAUAGCCUGUGUAUGAAGGUUUUGAGAAGUAAAAACAAAGUAGGGCAGGAUUGGCUAAGAAAGGAACCUCCCAAGAGUGUAUCUAAAGUUUGGAAAGGUAUUGAGAAUGCAACAAAAAAAAAAUCAUAGUCAAGGGUGCUUGCUUCAUCGUUGGUGACCGUCAGUCCAUUAAUAUUUGGCUAGAUCCUUGGGUUCCUUGGUUUGAAGACUUCGAACCCAGACCUAAAGAUGACUCAAUUAUCCAAGUUCCCAUUAUGGUCUCAAGCCUUAUCAACCCUUUAACCAAAUCCUGGUGUGAGAAUAGGCUGAUGGAGCUAUUUGAUGAUGAGUCCAUUGAAGCUAUCAAAAGAAUCCAAAUCCCCAUUAGGCCAAGGCGAGAUAGUUUAAUGUGGAUUAAGGGUCAUAAGGGCUGCUUCUCUGUCAAAUCAGCCUACAGAUUGUGUCAAGAUCAACCACAGAGCACAAGUAUCAUGUUAAAAAAAUUGGCAGGGUAUUUGGAAUCUAAAAAUUCAAGAGAGGUUAAAAAUGUUUUUACGGAGAAUUGGAGUCCAUGUGUUGCCUACAAAGGAAAAUCUACACCAUAGAUUAGGUAUUGCUGACACUGAUUGUGUUCUCUGUAAGAAGAGCACUGAAACAGCCCAGCAUCUGUUCUUUCACCUGCAAAGUAUCUAGAGCUAUUUGGUUUGGCUGUAACUGGAGUCUUAGAACUGACAAACUCAAAUCAAUAGCCCUGAAGAUAUUAUAAACUGUCCUAAAACCCCAAACCUUGACUCCACAUACUGGGCACUCCCAUCCAAAUGACCGCAUCUCACUUAAAAUAGCCCACACCUUAGAAGUUAUAUGGUUUUUGAGAAAUGAGGUAUUUCACAAUAAUGUCCAGGAGGUGAAUCUUGCCAAAAUCAUUAGCUCAUUGGAGGUCAGAGUUGCUGAAGCUGUUGGGGAUGUAGGAUGCAAGGAGGUCAGUAAUUGUGAAAGACAGUUGCGCUGGAAAAAACCACCAACUGGUUUUAUUAAGUUAAAUGUAGAUUCAGCUGUGUCCCAGGUCAGUACUUCCAUAGCAGUUAUGGCAAGAAAUGAGGCUAGUGGUGUUGUCAAAGCUUGGGCUAGGACACUCCCAAAAUGUGAACUAAUUGAAGCAGAAGCAGCUGCCAUUGUAUGGGCUCUAAAUCUUGCCAUGGAGGAAAAAUUCCAAGAUAUUGUGAUUGAAGGAGAUGCAAAGCUAUGUUUUGAUGCAAUUAAUGGGGAUGUCCAGAACUGUCACUGGAACGCAAAAACCUUGUUGGACAAUGCUAUUGAGCUCAAAGCCUAUUUUGCUAAUUGUUGUUUAUGUUGGGUAAAGAGUGAAUGUAAUGCUGUAGCUCAUGCUCUAGCUAAGGCUGUUUCUCCCCUUUCUCCUGUUCUCAAGUGUAAUAAUUACUCCCUACCCCCUGAUGUGUGGGAUGCUUGGAAAAGAGACAUGCUGCUUGUAAAUUCUAUUUCUUUGGCUGUUUAAUGGUAUGGAAUGUUUAUCAAAAAAAGUGAGAACCACCCUGACCAUUCUGCCCCAGAAAAGCAAAAACUAUAUUCUGAGUGCAAUAUAACAAUCAUUUUCUGAACAGAAUAUAAGUUAGCCCAUGAGAUUUACCUUCAAUAACAACAACCAAGUCUUAAUCCCAAAAUUUUGGGACAGUUAGCUACAUGUAUUCUU